AUGAAUAUUGGUGCGAUUAUUUUGAGGUGGUGUCUUAACCUUGAAGUUUCCCUCGAGAUUCCGGGGUUUCUAAAAAUCCCCCUCUACUGCUUUAAAUUGACCAGUGGAUUUAUCUCGGGUUCUCUUGGCCUCCUUUUUCAAGGACUAUGCUUCCUCGUCUACCUUACAUAUACCGUUUUAACAGCACCUAUUUCAAUAUUCAGUUUUAUAAUUAAGUGCACUUGGAGUUUAUUCUUGUGGAUACUCAACACUGUUAAUUCGUCUAUCAUAUUGAAAGUAGCAGCCAUAACGCUUCUGAUAAUCAUUAUCGCUCAGAUUGUCAACAUUUACCUGGAAGAGGUAAGGCGAAAGCGUGCAGAAGAAUUAUACUUCUAUCAAAGGCGAAUGCGAAGAGAAGUUGAUCCAGACCUUUGGGGAUUUCUUGGAGGUGUAGCAGCAGCUGGUGCCGCCAUUGCAAUCGCGAGUGCAAUGAGAAGAAAUUAG